CAACACGUGUGCAAAAAGUACAGACGAGGGCGCGCAUGCGCGGUAUCGAGCCAUCAGGCCAUGCUGCAGAGACAGGCCAGUCGGGCAGUCGAGCUGUGAUGUCCGCGGUCGGAUGGGCUCAGCCGGAUGGGCGCGCGGCGAGGCGCGCGUAGCGGACGACUCCGACUUUGAAACCCUCAAAGGCUUUCUCGCUUCCGAAAAAGGCUGGACCUUGGAGUACGAAAAGGACGGCGUCAAGGUCUGGGCCGAGGACGCCGCUCACGGCGCGCUAAGAACCGUCAAGGUGGUAGCCGAAUUCGAUGAUGUGGAGCCGGACGCCCUGUACGACGUGCUGCACGACCCGGAGUACCGCUCCGUGUGGGACACGCACAUGCUGGCCGCCGAGGACGCGGGCCACAUCAACGUCAACAACGACGUCGGCUACUACGCCAUGUCAUGCCCGGCGCCGCUCAAGAACCGCGACUUCGUGCUGCAGCGGUCCUGGCUGGACACGGGCGAGGAGAAGCUGAUUCUCAAUCACUCGGUCUUCCACAAGGACUACCCACCCAGGAAAGGAUAUGUCAGGGCCCUGUCUCUCCUCACCGGGUUCGUGGUGCGAAGUCGGCCCGGCACCGGCGGCAGCUGGCUGGGCUACGUGUCGCGCUCCGACCCACGCGGAGCGCUGCCCGCCUGGCUUGUCAACAGGGUGACGGCUCAGCUCGCGCCUCGGUUGGUACAGCAGUUGCACGCGGCGGCACGGCGCUACCCCGGCUGGAAGGCACUCACCGACUACCCUCACCACAAGCCCUGGCGCCACCCGGAGCAGGUCCCUGCCUACAGGAUUAAGCUGGAAGACUGUGUCGAUCCUGACGCACCGGUGCCACCUGCUCAGGAGCCUAAACCAGAGACUUCAAAAGCCAAACUAGAGGUGCCACAGAAACAGAUAGAAAGUCAGAGUAUCGAAGACUUGGGAGACAUAUCAUCAGAAUUCAGCGUCGAGGUGGAAGAAGAGCCGGCAGACUUGAACCAAGACCCGACUAAAAAGAAAGGGAAGUUUUACAAACUCGUGAAGUCUAUGAAAAAUAGAAGAAAGAGUGUCCAAGUCGCUAAAAGUGCUGAUAAUAUUCUGGAAGGUAAACCCGAAGAAAAGGAAAAGAAAAAAGGGUUCAAGUUCCAUCGUAGGUUUAGUAUUAGCAGAGGACGGGAGGAUUGAGCUUAUUCGAGUUGUGUUGUGAAUUCUGGUUACAGAACGGCAGUGUAGGUACGACUAGAUUUUAAACAGAACAACGUUUUAAAUUUCAGUCAAAAGGCUAGAUGUAGCCGUUAAUAAAAAUACGGUUAAAUACGAUUAUACGUAUGUAUAAUUAUAAAGGUAAGUACAAGUGUCGCCAACGUUACUGGAAAUGAAUAUGGUACUAUAAAUAAUUACCUAUCGCUAUACCGAUAUUAAUAAAUACUUAAAUAACAUAAUCAACGUUUUACUCACGGGUU